GUCCUAGUCUCGCGAGAUUUUAAUUAUUUUGUAUUUAGCUCGGUUGCCUCCAUUGCUAACAAAAAACUCGCAGCUAGUUUAUGUUAUCUGAUCGAUAGAGGUCCGCUUUGAGCUCUUUAGGCUGUUACUAAUACAGAUACAUGAACAUAUAUUAACAUUCAUUAUCCUGUUAUCGCAGUUAUGUUGUGUUGCAUGUAAUGUUGAACUACUGGAGUCCAUUAGUCGAGGCGGUUAACGCUAGCAGCUAGCUUUAGGCUAGCUCGGGCUAGCUUGCUCGUACUUUGUGUUAGUUACGUUUGUUUCAUUGCAGCCACGUUAGUAAACCACUACGCUGCAGCUCAGCUGAUAAAGUAGUUUUAACAUCAGCUUGGGAUCACACAGGGCUUCAGAGGAUGCUGGCGACGGGAGCAGCUGUAACUAACGUCACAGCCCUGGCUCAGGUAGACCGGGAGAAGAUCUACCAAUGGAUCAAUGAGUUGUCCAGUCCAGAGACCAGAGAAAAUGCCUUGCUGGAGCUUAGCAAAAAAAGAGAGUCCGUGCCAGACCUGGCACCGAUGCUCUGGCACUCCUGUGGCACUAUUGCUGCCCUGUUGCAGGAAAUAGUGAACAUCUAUCCAUCUAUAAACCCACCUACCCUUACAGCCCACCAGUCUAACAGAGUGUGCAAUGCCCUGGCACUUCUGCAGUGCGUUGCCUCACACCCAGAGACACGGUCGGCUUUUCUUGCUGCUCACAUCCCUCUUUUCCUUUACCCUUUUCUGCACACUGUGAGCAAAACACGUCCGUUUGAGUACCUGCGACUUACCAGCCUAGGAGUCAUAGGUGCCUUGGUCAAAACCGAUGAACAAGAAGUGAUUAACUUCCUCCUCACCACUGAAAUCAUCCCGCUGUGUCUCCGCAUCAUGGAAUCAGGGAGUGAGCUCUCCAAGACGGUUGCUACUUUCAUACUGCAGAAGAUCUUGUUGGAUGACACAGGGCUGGCCUAUAUAUGUCAGACGUAUGAACGUUUCUCCCAUGUGGCCAUGAUCCUUGGCAAAAUGGUGCUCCAGCUCUCUAAAGAACCUUCAGCUCGCCUGUUGAAGCAUGUUGUUCGCUGCUACCUUCGCCUCUCAGACAAUCUCAGAGCCAGAGAAGCCCUGCGUCAGUGUCUGCCAGACCAGCUGAAAGACAGCACCUUUGCCCAGGUGCUGAAGGACGACACCACCACGAAGCGCUGGCUGGCCCAGUUGGUCAAGAACCUGCAGGAGGGCCAAGUUACCGACGCCAGAGGCAUCCCGCUGGCUCCGCAGUGAUUGGGACAGAGUGUAUGUUUACAGCUGAUACAAAGGGACUCUCUCAUCACUGGCUAGAUUUUGUAUUUUGCCAAAUAUGGCUCGAAGACUGUCUGCAAAGUGAAGGACAUAAAAAAAAAGGAAGAUUUGCUUUUGGAUAGAUAAUUUACACCAGUAUGUCACUUCCACACAAGGUCACUUCUUCACAACUAAAAAUCUGUUUUUUUGAGCGCCAGACUGAUCGUAGAUUUUCCAUUUAAAUCCAAUAAUGACAUAUUGGCUGAUAUGUGUUUAUGACGUCAAUGUUUUUGGCAAGAUCCAAAAUGAAAGUUAUGUCUGAGUAGGAUGUUUUACAGUUGAACAAAAGACUUCAUUAUCAAAACAAUAACAGUAUUUUUUUGAACAAUAAAUUUCACUGAAAAUUACAAAUAACUAUAAGUAACAGAAACAUACAUUAAACAUGGAAUAAGGAAACAUGGCCAAAUGUACAUUAAAAUGCAGCAUGUAAAACAUUUAUUGCUGCAGUUAACUGCACUGCAAUUUCUAUCUGGGUAUCUGUCAGCAUAACAAUACUGAUAUAUCAAUGAUAAGUCAGUAUCGGUUGUUAAUAUCAGCUCUUCCAAAAUAUCGGUCAGCGCUUGUCUUUUCCCGUUUAUCACUGUAACAUUCCGCUUCAAAGUGGGAAAUGUUUUGGGUUGUUUUUGCUUAUUGCAUUUCAAAUUAGACUUUUUAAUCUUCUA